ACCAGUCCGGAGUGUGUUUAGUGUUUCCGUGUGUGCACCGCAGAGUCAGACGGCUGAUGAUGAGCCUCGGGGGGACAUCUGAAGCUCCGGGACAGCGGAAGUCUGGCCUGCUGUCUGUUGUCAGCUGAGAGCCGCUAGUUAGCACAGCGCCGAGUAGCAUAACCGUUAGCAUGGCUAGCGAGUGACCAGUUUAUUUACACCUACAGCUGAAAAAUGAAACGAGACGGAAACACGAGGAUGUUAUGGCGGUGAUGGUUGCCGCUGUGAAGCAUUUUUAAGAAGACGACACGGGAAACUAACCAUUCCCAGCCUGCGGACAGCAAAGUUUGUGCCCCCAGCUUCCAAAGUCAGCCUUCGCCUCUGACCCUUUACACCCUAAUCUCUACGGCCAGGGUGUGGCCACUGUAACCAUGACGACAGGCGGGUGUUGCCACCUGCCUGGCUCUCUGUGUGACUGCGCGAGCAGCACUGGCCUGUGGAAGAGCGUGGAGGAAGCAGGCGGUGACGGAUGCCAGGCGCUCUACGUCACCCAGGUCACAGCCAUAGACGGGCGGUUGCUCUCGUCUGUGCUCAAACCCAUGAGCACACAGAGUGAUGGUCCCAUCUGCCGUAUUUGCCACGAAGGAGGCAACAGUGAGGGUCUCCUGUCUCCAUGUGACUGCACAGGCACCCUGGGCACGGUGCACAAGAGCUGCUUAGAGAAGUGGCUGUCGUCCUCCAACACCAGCUACUGUGAGCUCUGCCACACAGAGUUCAGCAUCGAGCGCCGACCGAGGCCUCUCACAGAGGUAACAAAGUGGCUGCGGGACCCCGGCCCUCGUAAUGAGAAGAGGACGCUGUUCUGUGACAUGGUGUGCUUCUUGUUUAUCACGCCUCUAGCAGCCAUUUCAGGCUGGCUGUGUCUGAGGGGCGCUCAGGACCAUCUUCUGCUGGGGAGUUGGCUGCAGGCCGUGGGCCUCAUCGCCCUCACCAUCGCCCUCUUCACCAUCUACGUCCUGUGGACCCUGGUGUCUUUCCGCUACCACUGUCAGCUGUACUCUGAGUGGAGAAGAACAAAUCAGAAAGUACGUCUGCUCAUUCCUGAAGCCAAGGAGUCCAACUCUUCCCAGCAUUCCUUGCUCUCCAACAAACUGAUGAAGAAGUCUGCCAAUGAGAGUAUAGUAUGAGACCAAAUUGCGAUGGUUGAUGGUAAUGGUGUCUUUUAUGGGCAGAGGGCUAAUUGUCGCCUGCCAGCUAACCUUUAACGAAGCACUUGUGGGAUUUUUGGUUACUUUUUACACACAAAAAAAAGUUGCUGCCCCAUCACUACUUUACUCACAUCCCCUUUUUUAAGACGUCCUUCCUCAUGUGGGUAUACAAAUGAGCACAUUUACAUGGGUGUUUACCAGUUUAUGCAAAGGCACUGAGGGACCUCAUACGGUGAUUUGCAGAGACAUUUACAGAGACAUGGAACUGUCUCAUCAUCACGGAUAUGAUGCUAAUAUUAAAUAACAGUGACAGUAGAUUAAAAAAUGACCAAACUAACUUGAUUAGUAGACUUUGAAAUGUUAUAAUUGUUGUUCUGCUUGGUUUCAACAGCCCAUUAAUGGUCUACAGAUGACUGUGAAGUAUAGCAGGUUGGUUCAGUGAAAGUGUGUGUUCUGAUAGAUACAUGUCAUAUUUUGGCAUGUCUUUACCUGCAUAGGCCUUGCAUUUUCUGCACAACGUUGCCCAUUGAGGAGCUCUUUCAUGCGAUUAUUGUGUGAUCCUGCAUUACUCUGUAAAGGGAAAAAAAGCUUUGAUGUUAUUCACAAUUCAGAAGCUGGUAUGCUGUCUGAGAUGAAACUUUUAAUUUUACCACAAGCCUAUUGGACUUUUUAUUAUUAUUAUUAUUUUUAUUUUUUUUUUCCUACAUCUGUUUUUACAUGUCAUCCAAGACUGGAUGGUGGCACAGUGUUAUUAAAUCCAGAGAUUGUGCAAUAAACCACUGUGGACAUCAAAGACUUCACAGAACAUGAAGAGACCUCUCCCAAAAUGCACUGUUAUGCAUGCAAGCAUUGUUAAUAAUUUUGGGGGAUUUUUUUUAUUUUAUAAUGUAUUGUAAAAUUCUUUUGUGGUUUAAAAAAAACUUUUCUUAAACCACUAAACCGAUUCAAUAUUCCUACUGAAGUAGGGUUUGACAGCGUCCUCAUAGAGGUUCUUGUAUUAUCAGCACUUAGUAAGUAGGUCUUGUAUAGAUUGAUAGAAAACUCCAUCAAAAUGGCUCUUGGAGGAACAUUUGUAUUGUAUUGUUGGGUGGCUGAUGCAGUGUACUAAAUCAUCCUUUUACCGCCUGUUCAAAUACUUCAUUAUUCUUAUUUUUGGUUUAAUUUGAAAAAAAAAAAAACAGUACAACAAUAUUGUUGUGUAAAUGGACUGUACUUGUGUAGCGCUUUUCUAGUGUUAUUGCCCACUCAAAGCACUUUCACACAACACACACAUUCACACACACAUUCACACACUGGUGGCCGAGAAUACUGUACAAGGUGCCACCUGCUACUCAGUAAUCAUUCACACGCACUCACACUCCGAGGACGAGGCAUCGGAAGCAAUUCUGGGUUCAGUGUCUUUCCCAAGUAUACUUCAACAUGUUGCCCGGAGGAACCGGAGAUCGAAUCGCUGACCUUCCGAACAGAUGUCGACCCGCUCUACCUCUGAGCCACAGCCGUCCCAAUUGUGUUUGCGUAGUUUUACGUAAAAAACACCAAGAAUCAUGGAAACUUCCUGCAAGCAUUUAUCACUGAAGUCAUGGUCAAACAUUGUCGUCUCUGAUGUGAUGGAAAAAUAAUAAUAAAUUCUGUGACUGUGUUUAGGGAUUCUGCAAGUCUAACAUAAACGUUACCCGCCAACAAUGACUUUCACUGUGGGUACAUUAUGCAAGCACCACUAAGGCUUAAUUUUACUGUUUUCUUUUUUUCUUUUCUUUAAAGGAAGCCAAUAGAUGCGUGUGUGCUUUUCCUCUAUGGAUGGAUGUUAAUGUCACUGAUUGUACUGAUUGUUUGGGUGAGUGGAGAAAAUUCAUUUCUCUUUUGUGUAAUUAGUUUGGUGCCAUUUAUAAACGAAUAAUUUAAGAUUGGCCAGUCAGAAAACACAAACUAAUGUCUGCCUGGUUUCCAGAUUUUUUGGGUCAUAACAUGUUCUAGUUUUGAAUAGUUUACUUCAUUUUAGUUAAUAAAUGUAAAGACGGUUAAUUGACAAA